AUGGAUUAUUUCUUGAGCUUUAUACUAUGUCUUUGCCUCACCUGGAUCAUAAUUCAAGCUUUUUAUUCAAUUGCAAGAAGUAUAGUGACUUCCACAAAGCUUCCACCGGGACCUAAACCUUUUCCAAUCAUCGGAAACCUUUUAGAACUUGUUGGUCACAAACCCCAAAAGUCCUCGGCUAAACUUGCCAAUGCACAUGGCCCCUUAAUGACUCUAAAGCUAGGCCAGAAAACCACAAUAGUCAUUUCUUCAGCAGACUUGACGAAAGAAGUUCUCCAACAACAUGACCAAUUCUUCUGCAACCGUACCAUUCCAGAAUCAGUCGUAGCUGGCAAUGAGCACGAGUUCAGCUUGCCUUGGCUACCGGUUUCAGCCCAAUGGAGAAACCUUCGAAGGAUUUGCAAGUCCCAUUUAUUUGCUAAUCAGAUACUUGAUGCAAACCAAAACCUCCGGAAAAAGAAAGUGCAAGAGCUCCUUGCCGAUAUCCAUAAUAGCAGUCUAAAUGGAGAUGCAGUUGAUAUUGGCAAAGCAGCUUUUAAAAUCUCCCUUAAUUUGUAA